AUGGAACGACUAGAAGACUUAAAUUUAAAAAAGUGUUGCUUCUGUAUUGAGCUGAAACUUGCUUGUUACAUAAUAUCCAUUCUCUCAAUAGUCAUUUUGGUUCCUGGUACAUCAGGUGCGGUAGAACAUUGCUACGAGGGUACAGCACCAAUAAGAAUAAUUCAGGGACUCGGUGCUUUCAUGUUUUUACUUGCGCUAUUUGCUGGCAUAUUUUUCAUUUAUGGCUUAUGUACGGAAGUAAGACUACCGACCAUGACGUUCAUGGUCGCGGUACUCAUUGCCGUGGUUGUUACUUUUAUCACAGCUAUCCUAGUUCUUACUCAACAACCCAACAAAAAGUCUUGCCCUGACAGUAUAGCCCUCGCCGGCUCAGCUCUUAUAGAAAUUGCAGUGCAAAUUUAUUGCUUUGUAAUUGUAAACAGUUAUCGAGUUCUCGCAGAAUGA